AUGGACAGAGCUGUCCACGCGGCGGCAAGGGGGGGCAAUUUGGGGAUUUUGGUGGAGCUUUUGGGGGACGGCGGCGAUGUUCUGGCUUACAGAGAUAGUCACGGUUCGACGGUGCUGCACACGGCGGCCGGCAGGGGACAUGUUGAGGUUGUCAAACAUCUGACAUCAUCCUACGACAUCAUCAACUCGGUCGACAACCGAGGCAAUACUUCCCUACACGUGGCUGCAUACUACGGCCGAUUGCCCAUCCUCGAGUUCCUAAUAUCCUCCUCUCCUUCGCUAAUCUCUGUUGCAAACGUUGAUGGAGACACUUUUCUUCACUCGGCAAUCAUGGGCUUCCGAGCUCCGAAUUUCCAAAGGCUCGACCACCACACAAACCUCAUGAAAAAGCUCCUCGAUGGGUUCGUCUUGAAAAAACUCGACGACAUCAUCAAUGUUCAGAACAAAGACGGGCGUACCCCACUCCACACGGCUAUAAUCCUCGACAUUCCAUCCGAAAUCGUCGAGUUAAUCUUGUCCGUCCGAUACAUCGAUCUAAACGUCCGAGAUUGCGAAGGGAACACCCCGCUUGAUUUACUUUUUGCGCGGACGAAAACGCCCUCCUCUGAGAUUUUGAUCAAACGGAUUGUCUCGGCUGGCGGAGUUUUUUUCUCCGAGCGAAAAUCGAGAGAUUCCAUUUCCCUCGUUUCUCGUCCGGUAUUAAUGGGUAGUCCGGGGAUUUCUUUCAAGAUCCCGGAUGCCGAACUUGUCGAAAAUGAUGUAGAAAAAAACGGCUACUCGAAGGAAAUCGAGGUUGUAAUAAGUUCUCCUCAUUCCCAAUCGAUCUCGACCGACUUAAAGAAAUCGAGCUCGAUGAGCGGAGGAAAGUCGCGUCUCGGGAAUUUCCUCCGUUGGCUCGGGAAAAAGGAGAAAAGCUCGAGUGGGUCCGAUUUCGGGGGAGAAGAUGACACUCUUUCGUUCAAGUCAUACACAAUGGGUUCGAGCUCACGGGACAGCCCGGUUUCACUAAGGCAACAAUUUUUUAGGCCGAAUUCUUCUUCUCUAGCGAGCAACAAAAGGAUAAUGUCCUUGGAGAGUAACGGGUCGGGCCCAUCGGGUAACAGGAAGAAGUUGGGGGCUCACGAUGUUCGUCAGGUGCUGCCAAAAUCGAACCUCGGUUCGCCUUGCAGCGCGUUUUCCGAGUCUUCUUGGACGUCCCCACUUUCGGUCAGCCAGUGCUCGAAUCAAUCACCGAGCCUCGAUAAAAUGAAGAUGAAGCGGAGGCUCGGCUCGUUUAACUUGAGGUCGAUGAACAAUUACUUCUGUUUAGGGAAUCGGAGCUUGGCGAUCGAGAAGUCGAUCAAGUCACAGUCACAGCCAUUGCCGGAGCCGGAGCCGGAACCUUAUGGUUUGGAGGAUCAGGAAAAAAGUGUACUUUUGUAG